AUGCUACUGCUGAUAUGUCUUAUCUCGGUUGCCUUUGCGGCUGCUUGUACGCUGACCGUGAAUAAGAAUACGUGCAUACCUGAUAAGUGUGAGAAGUUUGGCGACACAGAAGUCUGCAUGCAGCUCAAGACAACCAGUUCCGUUCCCAUUCCAGGCACCCCUUGUCCCGACUUUGAAGUGGAGGUCCUUACCCCUGAACUCAAGUUUACUAAGCGUAAGCUUGCAGAUUACAAGGGCAAAUAUCUGAUCAUCUUCUUCUAUCCAGCCGACUUCACCUUUGUCUGUCCCUCUGAGAUCAUUCAUUUUUCCUCUAUGGCUGAGCAACUGAAGAAGAAGUAUAACACUGAGAUUAUCAUUGGCUCGACAGACACUGUUUAUAGCCACCACGCUUGGUGCCUUCAGAAUAAGACAGACGGGGGGAUCGGGCCCUGCAAAUGUGAUCUAUUCGCCGACACGAAUCAUAAGAUGGCACGUGAUUUUGGCAUACUCGUUGAGGAAAUGGGUCUUGCUCUGCGUGCCAUGUUUAUCGUCUCCGAUAAAGGAAUUGUACGCCAUGUUACAAUUAACGAUUUUCCUGUGGGUCGCUCUGUCGAAGAAGCUAUGCGUAUGAUUCAGGCCUUCCAGUACGCUGAUAAAACCGGCGGUGUCAUCCCGUGCGGCUGGACUCCUGAGAAGAACGACUUCAUUAUUCCUGAUCCCGAAAAGAAGAAGGAAUACUUUUCUAAGACCUUCACAAAGUGA